CAAUAAAUAAAUCGAGGGAGGGCAAACACAUAUCGUCAUGGUUCUGGGCGAAUGGAUUUUACUCUGCCCUUUCUGCGAGAUAUGUGACGCGUGACAGUGAUCUGAUUAGCCCCACAAUGCGUUCCCGAGCUAAGAAUCUUCUCGUAUUAUCGCUGUUUGCUUUAACUGUAAUUAAUAUUUGUCGUGGAGAGUUGAAAGAUGAUACAGAUACGUAUGUGAGUAGACUUCUGGCUGAUUUGUGGCUAGAAGGCGCUGACGUCGUACGGAUUAUAUGGCGAGAUUGUUCUAAAAAGUUGAUGGACGUAAAGGAUAUUAUUGACCACAAGGAGUACUUCCCCAAGUUCGUCAAAUGUAUGAAACGUAAAACUUUACGGGCACUGGAUCGAACACUAAGCCCUGAUGUCGUUCCUAUAGGCGAAGGGGUCAAUUUAGUACGAUUCGAACUCGUCGACCGAUCCGGUAACAUCAUGCCUGAAAAUUAUACUAGUUCUUGGACUGACUCCGAGCUAGAGGAAGGCGAUUGGCGCACACUUGCUCUGCAACGAAUGGCAAAAGUUCUUAGAACGCACGUUAUCAAGUUCGAUUUUGAUGACGGCAAACCUAUAGAAAAAGUUGAGUAUCGUGGGAGACGGCGCCAUCAAAUGAUGACAAUGAUGAUGUUCGGUGUAGUUUCAAUUGGCAUGGUAAUGAUUCCUAUGGGCUUCCAAUUCCUCGCUGUUCUUGGAGGGAAAGCGCUUCUACUAGCCAAAAUGGCUCUUAUUCUUGCUUCUAUACAAGGUUUAAAAAAGAUCGCUGCAAGUCCGCUGACCUACGGCUUCUACCACACCUACCCUCCGUACGAUCAUUACGAGAAGCGAAGCCAUGACGACUGGCCACCACCUGCGGCGAUAGCUGGCACUCCUCCUCCGUCAAUGUCCGUACACAAUCCGUGGACUGAUAUACAAAAUAUCAAAACCGAUAGAAUACACAUAGCGCAAACUAAAAAUGAAAAUAAAGAAACGAAACAGCAUGCAGGAACAGUGACUUGGAAGCCAGAAAUAACUAAAGCAGUAACGCAAGAUUCGGAACCCAGACUCUAUCCUAUCUACACGGGAGAACCUAACACUCAGUCAAUAUUUACUGCUUUGGAUGCACCGACUCCGCUUAUAGAUCUGACCACACGGCCCGGCGAAGUCCAGGCGGAUUACACUUUAGAUUUACCUUUCAAUAGAAUGACAUUUCAGAAUUCCCCUUCUGUGGUUUCAACUUGAUGUAUUUAUCCAAUUAUUUAGAGCAUUGUAUAACGUAGUUGCUAGUAUUUAUUCGUAUUUUGCUCAAGUGCUAUAU